UGAUCUUGACAGCUCAGACCAUCAAUAGACAUGUAGUAGCCCAUGUAGUCUAUUCUCAAUGUAACGCGUUUGUCGUCGUGAUGAACGAUGGAUUCUGCGACUUCGCUUGACUUCUACAUUGGACUUUCUCUGGCCGUCAGUUCCUGUAUCUUCAUUGGGGGAAGCUUUAUUUUAAAAAAGAAAGGGCUCCUGCGCUUGGCGAGCAAAGGGUCUAUGCGAGCGGGUCAAGGGGGAUAUGCAUACCUCAAAGAGUGGUUAUGGUGGGCUGGACUUAUAUCAAUGGGGGCAGGGGAAGCUGCUAAUUUUGCGGCCUAUGCCUUUGCCCCAGCCACCCUAGUGACACCUCUAGGAGCACUGAGUGUCUUGGUGAGUGCUGUGCUGGCCUCCUACUUCCUGGACGAGCGUCUGAAUGUGCACGGCAAGAUCGGCUGCCUGCUGUGCAUCCUGGGCUCCACCGUGAUGGUCAUCCACGCCCCCCAGGAGGAGGAGGUGGCCUCCCUCAGCGCCAUGGCAGACAAGCUCAAAGACCCAGGAUUCAUCGUGUUCACGGUGUGCAUCGUGGCCAGCAGCCUGGUGCUGAUGUUCUUUGUGGCGCCUCGCUACGGCCAGAAGAACGUGCUGGUCUACAUCCUCAUCUGCUCCGUCAUCGGCGCCCUGUCCGUCUCCUGCGUCAAGGGCCUGGGCAUCGGCAUCAAGGAGCUGUUCGCGGGCACCACCAUCCUGAAGGAGCCCCUCUUCUGGUGCCUGCUGGUCAUGCUGGUGAUCUGCAUAACCAUCCAGAUCAGCUACCUGAACAAAGCCCUGGACAUCUUCAACACCUCCAUCGUCACGCCCAUCUACUACGUGUUCUUCACCAUCUCCGUCAUGGCCUGUUCGGCCAUCUUGUUUAAGGAGUGGCUGAGGAUGACGGCCGACGGGGCCUUGGGCACCAUCAGUGGCUUCCUGACCAUCAUCCUGGGCAUCUUCCUGCUGCACGCCUUCAAAGACAUCACCUUCACCUGGGACUCGUUACCGCUCUACCUGCGCCAAGCGCACCAGGGUUCCCCGUGGGCCCCGCCCUACGCGCCGUUGCCGAGCCACGAGAGUGCCCCUGGGGACGACGGGAAGGUGCCACCCCGGGACACUGGCAACAGGGUCGAUCGAGAGGAGAAACAAUGGCACUAAAGACUGCAAACAAAGCAUUGGCAUAUAGACCAAGCAGAGGGUGAUAAAUCUAUGUUGCAGACUCACACCCUUGGCAUCAUUUAAACAGACGGCAAUAUUUUUGACGCCGAGGGGUACCUUGUCGCAUGUCAUGUUGGCUUAGACCUCUCCCUGACCCUAAUAUAACCGUCAGUGAAGACGUGUUUGGCGCCGAGGGGGUACCUUUGAGUUUGCCGUCACUUUAUGACGCGAAAUGUCGAAGCCUGGUCAAACGUGUCUGAAUGAGGCCAUCUUCAACACACUUGUGCUGUAAUGGGGUUGUCUUUGCGCAACAAUAGUGCCCAAAGCCCCAACUUUGAUUUAGGUACUGUAUGCUGUGUUUACACAAUGUGCCUUGGCAUGAAUAGCA